CUCAACCAUAUUUAAUAUUAUUUAUAGAUUCUAUAUUAAUUUAUUUUUAUGCAAUACAAAUUAAUCUUUAUUUAUAAUGUCAAUUUUCAUAUGAUUCUUCUUUUAUCAUAUUUAUAUUAAAAAUAAUUUUUGAAAAAUAUUUCAACAAAAAGAAAGUCAUUUAUUAAUUGAAAUUUAAUUAAAAUUUUUCUUUGUUGUUCAAGAAAAAAAAAACAAUAGAUUAUCCAACAUGAAUCAAAUAUCUAUUACUUAAUGGAACAUAUAAAAUAAUAUCUGGUUGUACAUUAUAGAAAACUAUUUGAUUAAUUUUCGAAUAUCUUUAUCAAUGACAUUAUUUUAUCAUAGCAAAUAAACAACAAAAAUCAAUUAUUAGAAUUAUAUUGAAAUUUAUUUAAACCAAAUAAUCAAUCGUUUUCUUAUAUCAUUUUAUGAUCUUGACUAUCUUUUUUAUUUAAAAGACAACUUAUAUAUAUAUAGAUAAGAUUUUUAUCGAUAGGAUUUACAUCAAAUAGUUAAAUUACUAUGGCGUUUACUAAUAUUUUAUUUCUCUAUUCAAAUAUGAAUAUAAUUUGGAGAAUAACAUUGUCAAUAUAUAAAUAAAUUAUAGAAUAGUUUAAACAAUUAUUCUUUAUUAUUAUUUUCUAUUGAUUUAUUAGAACAUUUAGAUAAACUAAUUGAUUAUGUUGAACAUAUAUCAUUUAUUGUUAUUGAUGAUUAA